AUGAACAUUAGUGAGAAAUUAGACAUAAAUAUAUAUAAUGAAGAAAAACAAGAAAAUGGUUCAUUAAAAAUUUUAUAUGAUACUAGUAUGAACAAGGGUGAUAUUUAUAAUGAUGCUAAUAAGAAUGAUAACAUAAAUUCAUCUGAAUUAAAAGAUAUUAAUAAAGAAAUAAAUAAAAAUAAAAAUGAUUCAAAUAUAGAAAGUAAGUUAUCCUUUGAUAUUAAAAAUGUUCUGACACAUGCUUAUUUGCCAGUAUGCUUAGAGAAAAUGAAAGAAGGAGAAUAUGUAUAUAAAUGGAAUAAUAAUAUAUUUCAAAAAAAAACAUUAAAAUUUUUUUAUUUAGACGUUAACAAUUAUUGUAUUCGAUGGAAUUCAAAAAAAAAAAAAUUAAAAGUAAACAAAAAUCCUUCUUUAUAUAUCUGUGAUAUAAUUAAAAUAUUAGAUGGGUCUGAGUCAUUAUUUUUUAAAAAAAAAGAGGCAGAAAAAAAUUUAUCUAUUGAAAUAAUUAGUACACAAAGAAAACUAAGAGUAACAUUUUUGGAUAUUCAAAGAUGGAAGAUGUGGUUAUUUGGUUUAAUGUAUUAUCAGUAUAAAUUAGCUAAUAAAGGAGCAGGAAAAAAAAUGAAACCUUUUUUUUAUGAAAAUAAUAAAUUGUAUGAUAACUAUAUCAUAUCUGGAUUGAAAGAUAUUAAUGUUUUAACAUUAUCUCAAUUAUAUAUUAUUUUAAGAAGUCUUAAUAUAUAUUUAAAUAUGAAGAUUUUAUAUCAUUAUUUUUCUAUUUAUAAAAAUAAAGGUAUUAUUAACUAUUUUGGUUUCACAAAAAUAUUAGAGCAUAUAUUUUCUAAUAAUCAUAUCUCAUUUUAUUUUAAUAUUUAUAAGGAUAAAAAGUCGAAUUAUAUAGACAAGAAUAAGUUUAUUGAAUUUUUAAUAGACAUACAGAGUGAAGGGAAAUGUGAAGAAAAUAUCUUUAAUAAUGAAGAAAUUAAAAAGAUUUAUAUUAAAAAUAAUGUUAUGCAUGAUAGUGAAAAUGAAAAUAUUGUAGAAUUAUCUCAUGAAAAUCAAGAAAUUAAUAAGAAGAUUAAUAAAAAUCAAAUAGAUAAACAUGAAAGAGACAGAGAAGAAAAUUAUAAUGAUACUAUUAUUGAUAAGAAAACAUCAUAUAAUAAUAAGGAAGAAAAAAAUACAAAUGAAAAUAAUGUCAAUAGUAACAAUAGUAUAGAUAAUAGUGAAAAUUAUUUAAAAAAUAACGUAAAUCAGAAUAAUAUUAUUAAAAAUAAUUAUAAUAUUUAUGAAUGGAAUUUAGUAAAAAAGAUAGAUAAUCAAAAUGAUAGUAAAAAUAAUUUUUAUUAUGAUAUAAACAUGUCCAAUGCAUUUCUAUUUGCAGAUGAUUCAAUGUAUUAUGAUGAAGAUUAUUUAUUGAUAUUGAAAAUAUUAAAAAAUAAAUUAAAAUAUAAAGAAAAUAAAAAUGAUAAUAAUAUUAAUAGUAAUAUGGAAAAAAAGGAACUCAUUGAAGUAGAAAGAUAUUAUCUUGAGAAUUAUAAAAAAGAGGAAGUUGAACAAAAUGAAGAGAAAAAAAAAAAUUUUAUUAAAGGAAGUUUAGAUAAUAAAUAUUUUAUAAGAGCUAAAGUGAUAUACAAGUUAUUAAAUACAGUAAAAAAAUAUAAUAUUCCCUUUGUAAUAAUUAAUGAAAAUAAUUAUUUAACUCAAAUAGGUUUAGUUUACUUCUUAUUAUCAAAGGAAAAUAGUAUUAUGUGCCCAGAAUAUUCUAAAGUAUAUCAAAAUAUGAAUUUACCUUUAUGUAAUUAUUGGAUAAAUAGUAGUCAUAAUAGCUAUCUAGGAAGAAAACAAAUAUUUAGUACUAGUAAUAUUGAACAGUACAUAUAUAUAUUAAUAGAUGGGUGUAGAUGUGUAGAAUUUGAUUGUUAUUAUUUUAAUAAAAAUAUUGUUGUGUAUCAUGGAUUUUAUGGAUAUAAACUUACAUCUUCAAUUUUAUUUUGUGAUACCCUAAUUGCAUGCAAAAUUUUUGGUUUUACUACUUCUCCAUAUCCUAUAAUAUUAUCAUUAGAAAUUCAUUGCAAAAAUAAGCAUAAGAAUUUAAUUGCUAAAAUAUUAAUAUGUAUUUUAGGAAAUCAGUUAUAUAUACCGAAAACAAGAGAUGAAAUUAAUAAUAUAACACCAGAUAAUUGUAAAAAUAAAUUUUUAGUUAAAUAUAAACAUUUUGAUAAUAACGAAAGUUCAGGCUUUUAUUAUAUAUUUGAAGGAUUGCAAAGUAUUAUGUAUGACGAGAUAAGUUAUCUUUCAGAUAUUAUUGGAGAAAAUGAAGAAGGUGAAGAAGAUAUAUCCGAUGUAGAAGAAAAUAUUGAAGAAAAUUUAGAAAAUAGUGUUGAGUCGUGGAAUCUUAAUAACUGCAAAAAAAAAAAGAAAUAUAUAAAUAAGUUAUAUAGCUCAUCACAUUUAGGUAAGGAUCAAGAAGAAGAAAAUAAUAAUUUUGAAAAGAAAAAAUUCCGAAGUAUUUUAAAUAUGAAAAAAAGUGAAAAUAAUUUAGAUAAUAAUAUUAAUAAUAGUUUAUUUAAUUAUAACAAAAGAGAAAAAUUAAAUGGAAUAGAAGAGAAAAAAAAAACUAUAAAAAAAAAAAAUGAGAAUCUUGAUUUAAGAAAUAAUAAUUUAUUGAACGAAUAUUCUUGUCUAAAAGGAUACGUCUUUCGAAAUUUUUGUGAAAAUAGAAAAUACAAUGAAAUUUGUUCAAUUAGCGAGAAUAAAUUUAUUAAAUUAAUAAAAAAAAAUGAAAAUGAAAUUAUCAAAUAUAAUCAAAAAACACUAACACGUGUUUACCCAUCCGGUACAAGAUUAGCAUCAACAAAUUUUAAUCCUCUUAUAUUUUGGAAUGCUGGAAUACAAGUUGUUGCAUUAAAUUAUCAGUACAAUGGUUUAAGUAUGUUACUAAAUAAAGGUAGAUUUUUAGAAAAUGGAGGAAAGCAUUCGGGUUAUAUUUUAAAACCUAAAUUAUUAAGAUUUAGUGAAAAAAAUGAUUAUGAUGUUUUAUCAUUGAAUUUACAAAUAUUAUCUAUGCAUCAAAUAAAUUUAUUGUUUUCUAUUAAAAAUAAAUAUCAAGAAAAAAAACUAAAAAAGAAACUAUUUAAAAUGGAUAUGAUCCAAAGGAUACAAACACAUAAAAAAAUCAACAAAAAAAUGAAAAAUUUUAAGGAUUUACAAAAAUUAGAAAAGGAAAAAAAAAACUUUCUUUUCUCUGAUAUUCAAUCAGAUGACAAUAAAAAAAACGUAAGUCAUGAAUUAAUCUUAAAUAAAUUUAAUGAUAAUGAUGUUAAUUAUAUUCAUAAUAAAUUUUCUAACGUUGAAAAAAAAUACGAAGAUAUGUUAUCAGAAUAUAAAUCCUUUUUAUUAUGUUCUUCAUUAUCACAUAGUAGUAGUUUUAAUAGUUGCAGCAGCAAUACAACAACAUCAAAUAAUGGAAAAGUUUUAAAUAAAAGUAUCUCAUCCAAAUUUAAAAAUAAAAGUUUUUAUCAAACUUUUGAGGAAUUAAAAAAAGCAAAUAAUUUAUUUUUUUAUCUAUAUGUAACUGUAUCUAUACAUGGAUAUAAUGAGCAAAAAUAUUAUUUUAAAACGGAAAUAGCCAAAGUUAAUUUUUAUGAUUUAAAUUAUUGUUGGUCAAAGCCUUCUAAUUUCCAAAUGAAAAUAUGUUAUCCUUCUCUGGCUCUUAUUGUAUUUGAAUUAAAAGCAUAUGAUACUGUUAAGAGUGAAGUAAUAGCUUGUGCAUGUUUUCCAGUUAAAUGCUUAAGAGAAGGUAUCAGAUUUGUUCCAUUAUGUGACAAAUAUUUAAAAGACAUUAAAGGAUCAGGAAUUUUAGUUAAUCUAAAAAUUACAACUAAUCAUAACUAA